CGACCGAUAUUAUUUCCCUCUCCAAGUACAGUCCAAAUUAGGAACUAAGUAACUUUUUCUCGUUUCAAAUCAAAACGAACUCUUCAACAGAAACCUCUCCCACGCUGACACAGAAUCUCUCGAACCCCCCUAAAUUUUAGCUCUUCUGUCUGAAAACCUAUCCCAAUUAAUAAAAAUUAAUGAAAAGAGCUCACUUUCCUUAUUCUCCAGAUCGAUCAUGGCUUUUGCCAGUGCUUAUAAUCUCAAUCAUUUCACUCACAUUUCUUCUCGCCUUAACUUUUACCCAAGGUGAUAAAUCCUCUUCUUCCGAAACCGAUUUCUCUUUUCACCAACCGAAAUUUACCUUCUCCGAACGGGAUUACGGCCGGUUACCCAAUUUACCGAGAUUUGCUUAUUUGAUAGCGGGGACAAAAGGAGAUGGGCCACGUGUCAAGCGGUUGUUGCAGGCGGUUUAUCAUCCAAGGAAUUGCUAUGUGCUCCACCUUGAUCUAGAAGCUUCGGAUUCGGAACGGUUGGAGUUGGCUAAGUAUGUGAAAUCAGAGAGCGUGAUUAAGGAGUUUGGGAACGUGAUGGUGAUUGGAAACGCUGAUUUGGUGACUUAUAAGGGCCCCACUAUGAUUGCUAGCGCGCUUCAUGCGGUGUCCAUAUUGUUGAAGGAAGCUAAAGAUUGGGAUUGGUUCGUGAACCUUAGCGCAUCAGAUUAUCCCCUCAUGUCUCAAGAUGAUAUUGUGCACGUCUUUUCUUACUUGCCUAGGGAUCUGAACUUCCUGGAGCACACCAGUAGCAUUGGUUGGAAAGAACACCAAAGAGCAAGGCCUAUCAUUAUAGAUCCAGGCUUGUAUCAUUCAAAUAAAUCUGGUGUAUUUUGGGCUAAGGAGAAAAGAUCCUUGCCUGCUUCUUUCAAGUUAUUCACGGGAUCCGAAUGGGUGGUGCUGACAAAAUCAUUUCUUGAAUUCUGUGUCUGGGGAUGGGAUAAUCUCCCCCGAACUCUCCUCAUGUACUAUACAAAUUUCCUGUCCUCUUCGGAAGGCUACUUCCACACUGUAAUCUGCAAUCACAAAGACUACCAGAAUACAACCUUAAAUCAUGACUUGCAUUAUAUAAGAUGGGAUAAUCCUCCAAAGCAGCACCCAAUGACUCUAACAUUGGAACAUUUUGAUGACAUGGUUCAAAGUGGAGCGCCUUUUGCUCGCAAGUUUGCCAGGGAUGAUCCAGUCCUCAACAAAAUCGACAAGGAGCUCUUAAGGAGAUCCGACGGUCAGUUUACCCCAGGGGGUUGGUGUGUGGGAGGUUCCUUUCCGGGUAAAGAUCCUUGUGCAGUUUAUGGGAAUCCAAAUGCUGUUAAACCUACUAUAAGUUCAAAGAGGCUAGAGAAACUAUUGGUGAAACUUCUUGAUCCUCAAAGUUUUAGAUCAAAACAGUGUGGUCAUUUGAUAUAGUUUUCUUGGAGGCUCUCUCUUUUCAGCUGGGACGGAUAUCAGAA